AUGUCCGCGCCCUCGUCGAGCGCCGCCGCCGCCGCCGCUGGUCCAUCUGCAGGAUGGCAACCGCAGCAGCAAGUGCAGCAGCACAACGACGCCGCGGCGGCAGCAGCCGGCGCGGCAGGCACGUCGACGACCACGGCGCUCUGUGUGCAGUGCCACACGCCACAGACUCGCUUCUACUGCGCCGACCCUUGCCUGACGAAGCGUCUCGCCGCACAUCGCACCGACGUCGCUCGGCUGGCUGCCAUGCGCGACCGAGCACGCGCCUGGGCCGAGGCGGCGCUCGGCGAUGCUGCUACCGCUCGCCUGCCGAGGCGGUACGAGCCGCUGGGCGAUCCCUUUGGCGAGCCUGAGGAGGCGAGCGCGGUGGGCAGCAGCAGCGCGUUGAGCCUGCCUCCGCCAAGUCCCGUUGCUGGACAUGCAGCGCGCGCUGCAAAGGCACGCAGGGCAGCGCUGCUCCUCGAGAUCGAGGCGGCUCAGCUUGCGACCAGCGAGGCCCGCGAACGAGAGGCCGCAAGUCGCGAACAGCUGCAUGAGCGCGCCAAGGCGCUUCGGCAGAGGCGCCAGGCGCUGGCGAGCGCCAGACGCAUCUUGCGCGGACCUGAUGCGCAUUCGGAGACACGCCGCAGCCCCGGGGCGUGGCCGGAGCGCAAGACGGCGGCGGGGGCGGAGGCUCUGGACCCUGCGACCAGCAGUCCGGAUGCUGUCAGGCUGCGCGCAGAGAUCGAGGCGCUGCAGACAAGGAGCGCGGAGGUGGCGGCAGAGCUUGCUCGAGCGCGUGCUGCACGCGCACGCGAAGCGCUCUCCAUCUUUGCCGUCUCGCCACCGUCUGCCAGCUUCGCCAAUGCCGGCGGUCUCUCGAGCACGAGUGCGGCUGCGCUUGCGCGUGCACAGCGCAGUCGCGAGCGCUACCUGCCAAAUGCCGCCGCCGCAGCAGCACCCAUGCCCGGUGCCUUUGACCUGCGUGGCCGCGCGGCGCUGCCAGCUCAGACUGGCAUUGCUGCUGCAGCCUCUGCAGCGUUGGCCACGGCCUCCUCGGCCAAGUCGAACGACUGGAGCAUCGUCGGCCUCGUCCUGCCGGUGCCCGACGACAUUCGACGAUUUCCGCGCGAGGCGACCAAUGGUGCCGUCACCCACACUGCGCAUCUGUUGCACAUCCUCAGCGCGUAUCUUGGUAUACAGCUGCCGUUCGCUGUUGCCUCUGCCGUUGGCGCCAGCACGAUACGGCCGCAUCCGCUCUGGUCGAUCAGCUCAGGACGCAAGGCCUCGUUGCAUCUCUCCAGCUCGGCGUACAGCGUACUCGCAGCGCCUCCUCCUGGCACGAGCGGAGGCGGCGUGGCUGCGCUUGGCGCCUCGACGCUUUCGACACUCGAGUCGUUUGUGCAGCUUCCAGGCGGUACGCACUUCUCGUGGGGCCUAGCCUCUGCGCUCUAUCCCAAUGCCGGCAAUGCCUCACCGCAGAGCACCGACAAUGCGGCACGCGCAGCUAAGCCUGCUGCGCCCGUUGAGGAUCCAGCACGAGCGGCGGCACGAGAGUUCUGUGAUGCCCUGACGAUGCUCGCGUAUAAUGCAGCCUACCUGGCGCACACGCAGGGCGUGCGGAUAGAUGUCGGAAUGGCGGCAGGCAGCUCGCUGCGCUUGAUCUCGCGCGCUGUCGGCAGCGCUGAGCUCGGCAGCCGCGCCCAUACCACGCAGCAUCAGCCAGCGCACAUUGCGCACCUCUCCUUCCCCGAGCUCGACUAUGCCGCUCUCCACCGCGCGCACAAUCCCGAGGAGCGCGGCGAGGCGGCCGAAGCGAGCAAGCGCUCGUCGCGCAAGGGCCCGAAGCUGCUGGAGGAGAGCUACGUCGACGCGGGUCAGGCGGCUGCCUCGAUUCUCAACAUCAAGGCUGCCGAAGGAACGCCGGCUAAGGCAGCCGUUGCGGCUCCUGCAGCAAGCAAUAACGCCCGCCCGAUCGAGGGGCGCAAGACAGCCGCCGCUCGUCCGGAUCUCAAGUCGAGCGUGCUGCCCGUGCGCGGCCCGCACCCCAGUGCCGUCACGGCAGCACCGGCAGAUCUGAGCUUCCUUUCUACGCACAAGGCGCGGCCGGACAAGAGCGCCGGCAAGUCGACACGAGCAGAGGCUCUGGGUGCUGCCUCGCGGCGCAGCGCAGCGACUACACCGGCAGCCACGCCUCAGGGCGAGCCUCGAAAGUCGGCUGCUGCCAAGCCUGCCGCGAGCCCCAGCAGCGCCGGCGGAGUGCUCUUCAACGGCGUCGUCGUCGGCGCCGGCGAUCUUGGUGGGCCAGGCGACGCGGCAUCUUCGGCGCGCAGAGACAAGGUCCGGAACAUUGACGACGAGUGGCACGUCUUGUAG